UUGUUGGCGUUUCAUGCAGCCUACAGUGGUAACAUUUGACUGCACUUUCUCCGUGCAACCAUGGUUUUAUGUUUCAGACAAACUCAAGUCGUGAGAUCGAUAUGUAUCAAAUCAGUUCUUUACGCCAGAAAUAUGCGGUAAAAUGUACACUAUAAAAAGUACAACUACGAAGUGCAAACUUAAGUGACAUGUCUAUGGGUAUAAUAUCCUGCCAGAUAUGUUUAAAACGACGUGUCUGAGCAUCACAUAAAAGUAAGUGCACGAUUCAUCUCUUGGGUUUGAUCAUUGCUAGGUGCUUUCGAAACUUAUGAGCAGAUCAUAGAGAUCACUGGCAACGUGCAUAUUUUGUUCAACAAAUGAUUAUAUCAUAUUGUUAUAUUAUUUUCAUGCUUAUUGAUUAAAACGUGACUUGCAAAAAAAAUAAAAAUCUUUUAUUUAGGUUUUAAUACUUACAAAGAAAAGAAGGCGUGUUAAACUUCGUGUUCAAACUUAAACUUCAAACCAUCAGUGAAUGACAUCAAAGUAUCGCGAGCGCGUUUCGAAAUUACACGGAAGCGUCUGCUCACGCGGUACUUUAAUGUCAUAGACUGAUCAGUCUGCGCAGCGCUGCUUCGAACACACGUAGAAAAGGCAUUAAAAACAACCCGGAGUGCACUUUCCUCUCCCAGCUUAUAUGAUUCCUGAUUGGCUGCCUGGUGCUUCGCUAUGUAUCCGCCUACUUCCUAUACAGCCCAGCUGUAGUUUAACCUCUUUGGACCUGUGUACGGUUUUUCUGCAAACCAUGUGUGAUUGUUUGAGCGUGUCUGAGCAGCCUUGACAGAGCUACUUUAUCAGUCUGCGUUCCCAUACUGGAAAAGUCUGGAAUGCCACAGCAGAAUCCAGAACAGUCUGAGAGAACAGUCACAACUGUGUUCGGAAGAUUGACAGUGAACACCUUCUCUUGACAGUUCAAUAACUUCCAUUCUGUUGGCCUCUGAAGCUGGACAUGUUUGCCGUCACUACCACAACACUCCGGCGAGGAGCUUGGAGAUACAGCCAGUGCACCAUGGCAACCGUUGUCUCCGGCAACAAGACCUCACAACAGGUGAGGGAGCGACUCAAGAAGGAGGUAGCAGAGAUGAGCAGUCAGUUCCCAGGCUUCAGGCCCGGCCUUGUAGUUCUGCAGGUCGGAGACCGAGAUGAUUCGAACCUUUACAUCAGCAUGAAGCUUAAGGCAGCGGCUGAGAUUGGAAUCAAUGCGAGCCACAUUAGACUUCCCAAGACAGCCACAGAAGAUGAAGUUUUACGUAGCAUUAUUACAGUCAAUGAAAACCAUGCAGUCCACGGUAUCAUCGUACAACUGCCCCUUGAUUCUGUUAACCCAAUAGACACAGAAAAGGUGACCAAUGCUGUGGCCCCAGAGAAAGAUGUUGAUGGGCUGACCAGUAUAAAUGCAGGGAAGCUGGCUCGAGGAGACCUGAGGAACUGUUUCAUCCCAUGUACUCCUAAUGGGUGUUUGGAGCUCAUCAGUCAGACCGGUGUGAGUGUAUCUGGGAAGAAUGCCGUGGUGAUUGGGCGCAGUAAGAUUGUUGGAGCGCCAAUGCAUGAUCUACUCCUAUGGAAUCACGCUACAGUGACCACCUGUCAUUCAAAGACUCGUGACCUUGCCGAACAGGUGGGCAGAGCUGACAUAUUGGUUGUGGGUGCUGGCAAAGCUGAGAUGGUGAAAGGAGAGUGGGUGAAGGAGGGGGCGGUGGUCAUAGACUGUGGUAUCAAUCAUAUAUCAGACAGCAGUAAACCAAGUGGGAAGCGUGUAGUCGGAGACGUGCAUUAUUCCUCAGCUGUACAGCGAGCUGGGUACAUAACCCCAGUGCCUGGUGGAGUCGGACCCAUGACUGUAGCCAUGCUGAUGAAGAAUACAGUUGAAAGCGCAGAGCGGUUUCUGCAGACAUACAGGCCAGGGAAGUGGAACAUUGUCUACACGAAGAUGAAACCUCAAAUGCCACAGCCAAGUGACGUUACAAUCUCCCAUUCAUGCCCGAUCAAACCAAUUACCCAGCUUGCGAGAGAGGUGGGCUUGUUUUCCGAAGAAGUGGAGCCAUAUGGCAGGAGCAGAGCUAAGAUACAACUGGCCGCUCUGAAACGCAUGGAGAACCAGCCUGAUGGGAAAUAUGUGGUUGUCACUGGCAUUACUCCUCCUCCAGUGGGCGAGGGAAAGCGCACCACUGCUCUUGGUUUGGCACAGGCCUUAGGGGCCCAUCUGAGUAUCAACUCUUUUGCCUGUGUGCGCGAACCUGCUCCUGGAUCCUGUUUUUGGGCUAAAGAUGGAGGUCUUGCUGUUGGAGGUGGAUACUCUCAAGUUAUUCCUUUGGAUGAGGUCAGCCUUCAACCUACAGGCCAAAAUGAGGUCAUCUGUACUGCCGGUAGACUGGUGAUGGACGCGAUAAAAGCGAAUGUUCAUUAUGAGUCAAAGCUUUGUGAGAAGUCUUUGUUUGAUUUAAUGGUUCCUCUCAGAAGAGGUGAAAGGUCAGUCUCUCCAGCCCAGCUUAAUCGACUGAAGAAACUGGGUAUUGAGAAAUCUGAUCCCUUGACCUUCACAGAGACCGAAAUAAAAGAUUUUCUUCGACUGGACAUUGACACAGAGACUGCAACAGACUCUGGAUUUUUGGAAAAUGAAAUCAUGGCUAUACUGUCACUAAGCAGCACUGAGGAAGAUCUGCAGCAAAGGCUUGCCAGGAUUGUAGUGGCUACAAACAAAUCUGGAGAUCCUGUCACCACAGAGGAUUUGGAUGUCAGCGGUGCAAUGGCCAUGCUUUUGAAAGAUGCACUAAAGCCUGUCCUGAUGCAAACUGUGGAGGGUACACCGGUGUUUGUUCACACCAGCCCAUUAGCUGACAUUGCCCAAGGCUGUACUUCCAUCCUGGCAGACAAGAUGGCCCUAAAAUUGGUUGGAUCUGAAGGAUUUGUUGUCAGCGAGUCUGCUCAUGGGGCUGAUGUGGGCUUGGAGAAAUUCUUCAACAUUAAAUGCCGCUACUCAGGCCUGCAGCCAGAUGUGGUCGUGAUGGUGGCUACUGUUCGUACCUUGAAGAUGCAUGGCGGUGCUGCCCCAGUCCGGGCAGGCUGGUCCCUUCCAAAGGAGUACUCGCAAGAGAACCUCAAACAGGUGGAACAAGGCUGUUAUCACCUGAGGAAACAGGUGGAGAAUGCCAAAGCCUUUGGCUUGCCAGUUAUAGUAGCUGUUAAUACAUUCAGGUGUGAUACUGAUGCUGAGCUGGAGCUGGUGUGUAGCCAGGCGAAGCAAGCUGGUGCCUUUGAUGCAGUACUGUGCAACAACUGGGCUAAGGGUGGCGCUGGAGCGCUGAAUCUGGCCGAAGCUGUUCGGAGAGCAGCAAAAUUGCCCGGACGGUUCAAGUUCCUCUACGAACCACAGAUUCCAGCUGCUGAUAAGUUGAUGUCUGUGGCAAAGCAGAUGUAUGGAGCUAAGGACAUAGACUUUUCACCAAAAGCCAAGGAGAAGCUUGAGCUUUACACAAAACAGGGUUUUGGGAAUUUGCCAGUCUGCAUAGCUAAGACACACCUGUCCCUGAGUAAUGACCCUGAGCUGAAAGGAGUGCCAACAGACUUCAUCCUGCCCAUUACAGAUGUCAAAGCCAAUGCUGGAGCUGGUUUCCUUUGCUGUCUGGCUGACUCGACAAAUACAGAAAUGGAUGAUCCCGUGUGGCCCGGUUUCCAUGGCAACAACCUUUUACAGUGACUGCACAAUGAUUAUCAAAGUAGCUCAAUGAUUAUCUACAGUAUGAUAGGUUUACAGUAAUUAAUGAUCUAUUCAACUUUUAAUACUUUUAACUUUUAAUAAAAGUUAUUUCCUUUUUAAUAUUGGAAAAUUAUUCAAACUCAUUAUUAUAACUCAUUAGUAUAAUACAGUCAAAUAUCAUCAAACUGGACAUUGCAUCACCAAUUUCAGAUAUGGUCACUCCUGCAUUAAAACACUGUGUUUGUUGAACUGUAAGAUAUUGUUAGCCAUAGAUUUUUAGUCAAGCAACAUGCAAUACUGUGCAAAAGUCUUAGGUCAUCAUGCCACUGUUAGAUGUGUUGUUUUUGCAAUGGUAUCGUGAACAUAUAUAUAUAUAUAUGUAUAUCACAGAGAAAAUACAAAAAAAUUUAAUCUCAUGACCUUAGGACUCCUCAAAAGUGUUCCAAAUGUGCUUAGUGCCAAGGGAGGUCACACUAAAUUAAGACUUUUGCUGGAACAAGACAUUUUGUUCUGAAAAUAUGGGAGUUUUUAUAGGGGUGCUGCACCGAUAUAUCGGCAGAUGAUGCUUGCUAUGCUUCUCAUUGAAUUACGGUGAAAUGCCGCUACAUACAAAAGUCAGAGGGCGCUCUCGUGCAGAAACACAAUAUGCGCUGCAGACGAAGAACCAUACAAACGCAGCUAUGACACUCAACUUCAGGAAAUGGCUUAAGGAUAUAGAUUUAUAUUGCUGUUUUUCUAACCUUUUCAUGAUAAUAAAGAAUAUGUGUAAUGAUUAUGUUUGACGAGUGUUGCUUUUUCAAAUGCAUGUUAUAGACCAGUGGUUUUCAAACUGGAAGCCGGGGCCCCCAGGGGGGCCGCGAGAUGGUGCCAGGGGGGCCCCAGUGUUAUGACAUUUUAUGAAAUACAUUAAUUUAUCAUGAAUUCUGUGUAAUUAAACCUAAAAAAAAAUAAGGCUACUAACCAAAAGCACUACUUUUUUGUAUAAUUUAAUGUUUUUUUUUUUUUAAUUAAAAUGUUGAGUUUUAGAACAGUUUUUUGUCACAAAUUUUCUUUGUGGGGCCGCGAAGGAAUGCCACACGCUGAAAAAGUUUGGGAAUCACUGUUAUAGACGACUCAAACUAAGUGAUUUCAGAUCGAUAAGCACUUACUGAUCAGCCGUAGUACAUGAAAUAGCUGUGAAUAAUAUUGGCUGUGCGAUUCAGAAUAGUUAUCGGCCACGUGUAUAUCGGUGCGCCCCUACAUUUUUACAAUUUGUGCACAUAUUUCCCAUGUUUGUGUCUUGAUAAAGAGAAUAAAAAUAAAUAUGGAAAUGUAGCUGUUGGUGGCCUAAGACUUUUGCACAGUACUGUAGAUCAUCUGACAAGACCAAAAUGUCUGUGUGUUUUUAUCAGCGUGUUUACUUAUGAAAUUAAUUUAGUAUUAAGAUAUUGCUGCCAUUUAUCUUGAAUUGAGUGCAACAUCUGUCAUAGCAUAUUCAUGUUUGUCAGUAUUUUUGAAAGGUACAUUUGAUUUUAAAGACCAUGUGACACAUUGAUUUUAUUUGAUGGCUUAGUCUCUCAGUCUCUCUCUCUCUCUCUGUUUCUCUCUCUCUCUGCCUCAGUCAAAUGAAAUAUUAGCUUAACCUUUCAUUUUUCCCCAGACGUUGCUGCUUGCUAUAGAUACUAAACUGAUUGUAAGCUAUAAUUAGAUCAUUUAUUUUUGUCUAGUUUAUUUUUAACCUAAUUUCUUUGAGAAACAUUAUGCUCAGCAGCCAAUGCUCUUGUCCUGUAGACAGUGUUCACUUUCAAUAGUCUAAAAGUGUCCUUUCCAGACAUCUGGAGCUGUGAGUAACAAUGUAGAUGUGGCGCGAGAUGGUGCCAGGGGGCCCCAUUUUUAUGACAUUUUUAUAAACUACAUUCCUUUAUCACAGAUUCUUUGUGAUCGAACCUCAAAAAUUAUAGCUACCAACCAACAGCACUACAUUGUAUUAUGUAAUAUGUUUUGUUUAAUUCAAAUUUUAAAGGGACUGUAAGUAGGGUUUUAGGUGUUUUAUUAAUCAAAAUCAAUGUCUUUAUUCAUAAAUAUGUCCUCAUUGGUGUCAAAUGGGCUCUGCCAAUGAUCUGACUUUGUAAGCUUAGAAUUUCUUCUUUUUACUUACAUUGAAUGGAUAAGUCCAAGGAGGCUUCCAUGUCGUUCCACGGUAUUGAUAAACUAUAAUAGCAGAGAGGGACAAAAAGCAACGCGUUUCCACAGCAUUUUCAUUCAGAACACGUGAACCAGCUGAACGACAAGGAGAUCAGUGAGUACAUAACGGCUACCAUAGUUGCAACACGCAUUUGGAAAAGCGAGGCGCUAGAGAGCACUAUUCGUUUGAAUGCAAAAUACAAUUUCACCACUAGAUGGGGGUAAAUCCUACUUACUGUCCCUUUAAUUCUGAAAUUGUUUUAUGCCAUGAAUUUUUUGGGGGCACAAAGGGUGGCACACUCCCGAAAAGUUUGAGAACCACUGGGUUAAGGUAGGGGCCAGUGUGUAACAAAGAUUUAAAACUCAGUCUUUCACUUAUGACAGCUACAGUAUUUAAAAAAAAUAUUUUUUAAACAGCUAUUUUUUAAACAACUUACAUAUAUUUUUUUGACCAGAAACAUUGUUUAUGCACUUUUUCCUAUAUAGACCCAGACAAAUAAAUGUGUCAAUAACAGUGUUAAGUAAAAUGAUUAGUUUUCAAUAUACAGGCUAAUUUUGAACCAAAGUUUGUAACAUGUUUGCCUGUACAAAAUAUGUUUUGCACUUAUAUUUUUAAGUAUAAUCAACUUUUAUUUACAAGUCAUUUUACAGUGUUACAUCAUGCAUGCCUAGUUACUUGUUUGAUUAUUGUCUGCAUGCCGAAUUUGAUUUUGUUGGAAAACAACUGUUUGUUUUUGUUUUUCUUUAACUUUUAGCCUAUGAAUUGGACAAAAUUGCAAUUGGUGGCUCUAAAUGGAGUAAGAUUUUUUUGCAAUAAACUGUGUGAGUAUGGCUAUGAAGUGCA